GAUUUCCAUUGAUCAAACAGUCGUUUCAGAUAUAACAUUAGGUCUGGUUUAUAUUCUGCUGAAGGGCGGAAGUAAUAUACUUCGGAUAAGAGCAGUUUGUACAAAAAUGCGAUUAACAUUUUUAAUUUAGAGAAAUUACUCGAACUAGAGAUAAUGUCGACCUUCCUGGUAGUUGCCAGCAUAGACUUUGGAACCACCUACUCGGGAUGGGCCUACUCAUUUCGCCAUGAGUUCGAAAAGGAUCCAACAAUAGUACAUGCUAAAACAUGGCACGGCGGCAAUUUCGUCUCACAAAAAGGACCAACCUGCAUCCUCAUCAAGCCAGAUGGUAAAACUCUAGAAGCUUUUGGGUACGAAGCAGAGACGAAAUACGCAGACCUAGCCGGUGAGAAUAAACACAAAAAGUGGUAUUACUUUCGGAGGUUCAAAAUGAAGCUCUUUGACAAAGAAACACUGACUAUGUCCUUGGAGAUUGAAGAUGAAGACGGUAAACGUCUUAAAGCAAGUACGGUCUUUUCUCUGUCCAUCCGCUAUCUGAAGGAGGAUUUAAUGAAAACUUCUUCCGACAAAUUACGUGAUGAUAUCACGGAGAAGGACAUUCAUUGGGUUAUCACAGUUCCAGCAAUUUGGAGUGAACCAGCCAAAAAAUUCAUGCGCAAGGCAGCUAGAGAGGCUGGCAUACCAUUUGGUCAGUUGAGUGUUUGUCUGGAACCGGAGGCGGCUUCCAUAUAUUGCCGUCAUUUGCCAUUGGAAAAAAGUUCCGACACUUCCGUGUCUUCUUUUAAACCGGGAACAACAUACUUGGUCUUGGAUGCUGGCGGUGGUACUGUGGACAUAACAGUUCACGAAAUCACUCAAGAAGGCAAACUGAAGGAACUUUCACAGGCGUCUGGGGGUCCAUGGGGUGGUACAAAUGUAGACGAUGCGUUUCUAGCGCUAUUCCAUUUAAUAACAGGUGUUGACAUAAUCGAAAGACUGAAACGGGAAAACAUGGAAGAUUACCUAGAACUGGUAAGAAAUUUUGAAGUGAAGAAACGAGAUAUUACUGACAAAGCUGGAACAACACUCAUUCGCAUUCCAGUCAGUAUGAUGGAUCUUGCUGAGGAGAUGACCGGAAAAACUCUCAAGCAAAUACUGCAAGAUUCGCCGGAAAAACAACUUAUUCGCCAAGACAGGGAUAAACUUAAACUCCACACGGGUGUUUUACUGGCACUUUUUGACAUCACAGUAGAAAAGAUAGUUAGCCAUGUGAGUACACUUUUUCAGAAUACGGCCCAGGAUUGCAAGACAAUACUGAUGGUUGGUGGAUUUUCGGACUCGAAAUUGCUACAAGAAAAAGUGAGAUCUGCGUUUAACAAUGUAUCAAUUAUAGUGCCUCCGGACGCAGGGUUGGCUGUUUUGAAAGGAGCGGUGAUAUUUGGUCACAACAAGAGAGAAAUUGUCUCAAGAAUAGCACGAUAUUCAUAUGGACUGGAAACGGUCACGGAUUUCGACCCUGAGAAGCAUCCUGUAGAAAGAAUGUAUAUUGACAGCAACAGGCAUGAUAAACCAUCAGUUAAAAAAUGUUUUUUCAAGUUAAUCAAAAAGGGAGAUACAGUUGAGGCAGAAAAAGAAUCCGAACCAAAACCUUUCCGUCCAUCAGGGCACGGAACAGGUUUUGCCGCUAACCUCUACUGCUCAUCGCAAACAAAUCCAUUAUUUGUUGACGAAGACGGGUGCAAUUUUAUCGGACACUUUAAUGUGAGCUGUCUCGAUAAGAUUGGAAACGUGGGAUACGCAGAUGUGUCCCUUCUCGUUGGAGGCACGGAGAUUGAAGCACGGGCAGUUUUACAAAGUACUCUUGAAGAAGUCACAGCAACAUUCGAUCUUCCUGAUUAAAUGUUUGCAGCUUAGCAAUUGGAAAUAAUAUGCCACCAAAAGGCAGUUGUCAUACAAACCACCUACCACUAAAGGAAAAGAAAAUAUACGACAAACGUGACAUUAAGUAAAAAUGGUUUUAUGUAAUACAGGUGAAGAACGAUGAAGAAUUGUAGCAUUCUAGCCAACAUGUGUGACCGAAGCGUGAGGGUAAAUAAGCUCAACACAUUCACGCUUCCCAAAAAAUAUCUUCCGGAAUUUCCAUCUAUUUACUUGUAUCAAAGUUUUGACACAACGAGUGUGUGACUUUUGAUUGGAUUCUGUUUAAUGAGGGUUUUUUCAUUUGAGACUUUCCUAUAUGCAUUCAAUUGUUUUUUCUUCUUCUGUUGAUUUUUAAAACAUGUGUAACAUUCUGCAUUAAAAUUCUUAUCGUUUCUUGUAAACACGUUGAAUGUAAUCUUACCUCGUUAUUAUGUUAAAAUGUAUCGAUUGUAUCUAAAAAUCUUAUUGUAUUGACCAUAAGUUUUGACAUAUGUAUAUAUUGUAUCAUUACUCGGAGAAAACAUCGUGUAUGUACGUGUUUUUAUUAUAUGACAAUAUAUAAACAAUGGCUGUCAUUACGUGGGUUUAAAUGUACUGCAUGCAUCAAUAUAUUGCUUGCUAUUUUUCCCAUGCGCAUAGGGGUACUAUAAUGUUUUAUCAUUUGCUUUUUGGUGGUUAAAUAUUUGAUAUGUUCCACUGUUUUUGAAUUUUAUCCAGCUCUUUGUUCUAAAUCAAAAGUCAGCGCAUGGGUGGGACUACAUAAAGCAGCUCUGAAAUUACAUACAAAGUAUUUUGGUUUUGUUAUACUGACUUGCCUGUGUAGUAUAUGUGUAUUGAUUCACUAGUCCUUUAAAAAUGUUAUAUAAAAUGCCAAGCUCGGGAUAUCUAAAAUCAUUAUGUUAAAACAAUUGAAAUAAUUACACAUUUAUUAUAAUUUACUGAAAUUCUAAUCUAAAUAUUAUAAUAAAAUAGAGGCUCUUUUUCGGCA